UCGAGAUCGUGGCGCUCUCCGCCGGCCGCAACCUCGACGUGAUGGCCGAGCAGAUCAAGAAGUUCAAGCCCAAGAUGGUGUCCAUCUCGGACGGUGGCGACGUGGAGAAGCUCAAGGGGAUGAUCAAGGACAUGGACGGGCCCCAGCCCGAGAUCCUCUUCGGCCCCGACGGCAUGGUCGAGGUUGCCAGGCACCCCGACGUCGACUCCACCGUGACCGGCAUCGUGGGCUGCGCGGGCCUUCCCCCCACCGUCGCCGCCAUCGAGGCCGGUAAGAACAUUUGCCUCGCCAACAAGGAGACCCUCAUCGCCGGCGGUCCCGCCAUCGUGCCCCUCGCGGUGAAGCACGGCGUCAAGAUUCUCCCCGCGGAUUCCGAGCACAGCGCCAUCUUCCAGUGCAUCCAGGGUCUUCCCGAGGGCGCUCUCAGGAGGAUCAUCCUGACCGCGUCCGGCGGUGCCUUCCGCGACAUCGAGCUCUCCCAGAUGCGCGAGUACGCCAAGACCGACCCCGGCUUCCUCCAGAAGAAGGCCACCACCCACCCCAACUGGGACAUGGGAGCCAAGAUCACGUGCGACUCCGCCACGCUCAUGAACAAGGCUCUCGAGGUCAUCGAGGCUCACUACCUGUACGGUACCUCCUACGACGACAUCGACGUCGUCAUCCAUCCCCAGUCCAUCAUCCACUCCAUGGUCGAGACCGCGGAUUCCUCCGUCCUCGCGCAGCUCGGCUGGCCGGACAUGAGGCUGCCCAUCCUGUACACCAUGUCCUGGCCCCAGCGCGUGAACUGCAGCGAGCAGACCUGGCCCAGGCUCGACUUCAUCAAGAUGGGCGACCUCACCUUCAAGGCCCCUGACGUCGAGAAAUACCCCAGCCUCACCAUGGGCUACGCCGCGGGUCGCACGGGCGGUACCAUGACCGGCGUGUUCUCCGCCGCCAACGAGCAAGCCGUGGCGAUGUUCCUCGACAAGAAGAUCGGCUACUUUGACAUCUACACGGUUAUCGAGAAGGCGAUGGAGGCGCACAAGAACGAUCUCAUCCUCGACCCCACCUUGGAUGACAUCGUCAACUCGGAUCUGUGGGCGCGCGAGCACGUCAAGAAGGUUGUCGAGUCCGGCGUUUGUAAGGAGCUCGUCGCCGCGUAAGGAUGGGAAGAUUACCAGAAAAAGUUAAGACUUAGCACACCUCUAGCGCAAUUUGAUUGAUUAUUACG